ACUCAGGAGAACAAACUUCCUCCUUUUGGGACAACAAUAACAACUUCAAUUUUCCUCUUCUCACGGUGAACAAACGGCGUUUACCAAGAUUCAACCAUGGUGGAUUUUCGUUCUCAUCAUCAUCUUUCUCGCGGACGGCAACAACAACUAUGGCCUCUCUCGGUGAAACCAAGUCUACUGCAAGAACAUCUCUCCUCUCAGCGAACGUUGCUCUCUGCUAAACAACAACAAUUGAUAACCUCUCGGUUUGCUCUCACUUGCGGCCAUGGAAGAAGCUUGAAGAACCCAGGAACUAUGUUCAUAACAGCAACGAUAUUUUUGAGAGUAAGAAUUGGAUUGACUUUCCUACGGCAAGGAGAUUUUUGCCGCGUCGGUGUUUUGACUGCAGGUGAGCAAGAACCUUCGGUGAUGUUGUUAUUGCAACUGUUGUUGCUGAAUUUUUGUGUUGAAGUGAUUAUAUUGUUGCUGCAGUUUGAUUGAAGGUGAUAUGAAGAUGAACAAAACCGCUCUUUGAUGAAGGUGAUGCCUCAACACCUCUUUGGAUAUUAGGGAGACUUGAAGAUGAACUUCAAGUGGUUGGAAGCUUGAAGAUGAAGAUCUUCAAGUGAGGUAUGAAGAACUACCUCUCCCUUCUUUGUAACUAUGGAACUUUGUAACUUGAAAAUUAUAAAAAGAGAGAGAAGUGAG